AUGACUGAGGAGAAGAAGUUGUGGCACCUAAUGCACGGAAAAAAGAAAGGGAUUUUUGCAGGCCUGGUGCGUAUUGCGCCGCGAACAGUGGCAGAGUUCCGAUUAGAGGCAAGGAGCAUGGACAUGACACUGAAGCAACGUGCGCGACUGUACAACAGAGACUUCGGCGUCUCUUCAGUUAUGGUGGUGUCAGCAACCCUGCCCAACAACGUCGACGUCCUCUGGGAAGUGGUCCUCGUCUUCUUCGUCGUAGUGACGAUCGCCUCCGCGGGAAUUCUGGACGACGGGGGUGAUGAUUACGGCGGAGGUGGUGGCGGCGGAGGCUUCGGUGGUGGAGGAGGCUUCGGCGGCGGUGGCGGUGGAGAUGACAUCGGCGUAGCAUCAGUUUCGUACGUCAAGACGCCAGUUGUGAGCGUAAAGUACGUCGCUAAGCCUGUGGUCAGUUACGUGGCUAAGCCAGUGGCCACCGUGUCGCAUGCCAUCAAGCCCGUAGUUACGUACACGACCAUUUCGAGCGGCGGCGGAGGCUUCGGCGGAGGCUUCGGCGGAGGCGGCGGUGGCUUCGGCGGUGGAGGUGGUGGCGGAUACGGAGGCGGUGGUGGUGGCGGCCACGGAGGAUGGUGGCCAUGA